AUGGCUCAGGCACGCGUGCGCCUUACUCCGGCCGGCCUCACGCCGGCCACCGCGUUCCUCUCGGUCUCCAACCCCAGACCCGCCCACCUCACCUUCUUCUCGAAGCUCACCCCCACCUCCCUCUCCGCAUCCGCGGCUGCCAAUGCGCCGCCGCCCCACAUCGUCGUCGUGGGCUCCGCCAACGCCGACAUCUACGUCGAGGUCGAUCGCCUCCCGCUAAUCGGCGAGACUGUGGCGGCCCGCGCGGGGCGCAGCCUCGCGGGCGGCAAGGGCGCCAACCAGGCCGCCUGCGGCGGACGCCUCGCGCUGGGCCCUACCUACCUUGUGGCUCGCGUCGGCGAUGACGCAAACGGCCGACUCCUCGAAGGUGCCCUAGCCGACGCCGGCGGUGUCCGCACCGACCGCGUCGCGCGCGCGGCCCAUGCGCCAUCGGGACACGCCGUCGUCAUGCUCAUGCCCGACGGCCAGAACUCCAUCAUCAUCGUGGGCGGGGCGAACAUGGAGGGCUGGGCGGCGGGGAUCGGCCCGGAGGACCUGGAAUUGAUCCGAAAGGCCGGCGUACUGCUGCUGCAGAGGGAGAUACCCGAUUGGGUCAACGCGCAGGCUGCCCAGGCUGCAAAAAGUGCCGGAGUGCCUGUUAUCAUGGACGCUGGUGGAAUGGAUGCCCCUGUGCCUGGAGAACUACUCAGUCUAGUGGAUAUCUUCAGUCCAAAUGAAACAGAGCUAGCUCGGUUGACUGGGAUGCCUACUGAGACGUUUGAACAGAUCAGCCAGGCUGCAGGAGAAUGCCAUAAAAUGGGUGUGAAAGAAGUAUUAGUUAAACUUGGAUCACAAGGAUCUGCUUUGUUUGUUGAGGGAGAGGAGCCAAUCAGACAGCCGAUAAUUCCUGCCACAGAAGUUAUUGAUACCACGGGGGCUGGUGACACUUUCACCUCAGCUUUUGCUGUAGCUCUGGUUGAGGGGAAGCCUAAGAAGGAGUGCAUGAGAUUUGCUGCUGCUGCUGCCUCUUUGUGUGUUCGAGUAAAGGGGGCUAUACCCAGCAUGCCUGACAGAAAAUCAGUGAUGAAGCUUCUGGAAUCUGAGAAAGUCGAAUAA